AUGGGCGACAAUUCUAGUCCCCCGAAGUUCGCAGGGCUGAAACGUCGAGGAAUAAUGGGAGACGAUGGGCCUGAACUCAAGCGUACCAGGUCCUGGCAACCACCAGGGCCAUCCCAACCCCCAAGGAUUCGCCGUGCGAGUCGUCUCACAGCUUCGAGAGCCAAGAGGCGCUCAUUUUUCACGCAGCGACGACAUUCAAGUAAUGUCCAUACCCAAUCAUCGAACGCUGCCCAAGAUCAGGAGAGUGAGAGCGAGAUCGAAAUGCACUUAAUGGUUGCGGAUGAACAAACUACAGAAGCGCCUCCCACCCCUUCAGAACCUUUCCCUAUAUCCAGCAACCACCUUCAUGACGCACCGGCAGGCCCGACUAGCAGCAUGAAGAUCGAUGUUCAAAUUCAAAGACUAACCGAAGACGGGAAUGGGGGUGGCGAUUCGCAAGACGAGAUGGCUGAAGAAGAGGUCGACCAAAGCCCCGAUACUACACAGGACGGUCAGAAUGGGAGAAUGGGCGACGGCGACGAUGACAUGGGUGAAGAAGAUGUCGAUGGGGACCGCGAAUUUGUCAUGGAUGAACUGGAAGGUGACGGGAGACGGAGCGAAGGCGAUGAUGGGGCAGGUGACCUGUACGAAGAAGAGGUCGACAGGGUCUCCGGGAUUGCGGAACAUGAACCGGAAGAGGAUUGGGAUGGGGGAAUGGGCGAAGGCGAAGAUGGCACGAGGGUAGAAGAUGACAUGGGCGGAGGAGACGUCGCUGACUACGACCACCGGAAAACUAGCGGAGACGACAACGAGUCUGCCUUCUCCGGCCUCGAUAUUCAGCUAGCGAUUGCUCCCAGUUGUUUGAACCCCUGCGCUGGUCUUGUGCCAAAUCCUCAUCCGUAUAAUGACGCGACAACGCACGGCAGCCACCCUUACCUCCCCACUCACACCCCUACAACCCCGUUCUGCGACUCUCCCAAAGCCUUCGCUGGCCUCAACUCAGCAUCCUCCUCCGAAGUAUUGCACGGCUCUCCAAAGGCAUUCGCAUCCAUGGCCGCCCAAGGUAUCACGGCGAACCCCGAUCAACUGUCGAAUAUGGAGGGACGAAGAGGUGUCGGGGGAAUGGGCGAAGGCGACGCGGACGAAGAUGGCGAAGACACGGAUGAACCAGAAGGGAAUGGGAGAUUAUCAAUGAGCGAAGGCGACGAUGGCGCGGGGGAAGAUGGUAUGGAAGGAGAUGUCGAUGGGGAACAUGAACUUUCAGUAGAAGAUAACAGCGCCGCUGAACACGACCACCGGAAAACUAGCGGAGAUGACAACGAGUCUGCCUUCUCCGGCCUCGAUAUUCAGCUAGCGAUUGCCCCCAGUUCUUUGAACCCCUGCGCUGGUCUUGUACCAAAUCCUCAUCCGUAUAAUGACGCGACAACGCACGGCAGCCACCCUUACCUCCCCACUCACACCCCUACAACCCCGUUCUGCGACUCUCCCAAAGCUUUCGCUGGCCUCAACUCAGCUUCCUCCUCCGAAGUAUUACACGGCUCUCCGAAGGCAUUCGCAUCCAUGGCUUCCCAAGAUAUCACAGCGAACCCCCAUGAACUGUCGAAUAUGGAGGGACGAAGGGGUGUCAGGGGAAUGGGCGAAGGCGACGCGGGCGAAGAUGGCGAAGACAUGGAUGAACAAGACGCCAAUGGGGACGGUGAAUCUGUCAUGGAUGGACCAGGAGGGGAGGGGAGAACGGGCGAAGGCGAAGAUGGCAUGGAUGAAGAAGAUGCCGACGGGGACCCUGAUUCUGUCGUGGAUGAAUUGGAAGGGCGCGAUGGGGACCAUGAAUCUGUCAUGGAUGAACUGGAAGGUGACGGGGGACGGAGCGAAGGCGAUGAUGGGGCAGAUGACAUGGACGAAGAAGAGGUCGACAAGGUCCUCGUAAUUGCGGAGCAUGAACUGGAAGGGGAUCGGGAUGGGAGAAUGAGCGAAGGCGAAGAUGGCAUGGGCGGAGGAGACGUCGCUGAACACGACCACCGGGAAACCAGCGGGGACGACAACGAGUCUGCCUUCUCCGGCCUCGAUGUUCAGCUAUCAAUGCCUCAUAGAGCCUCGACUACCUCCGCUGGCUUUGUAGCACACCCCCAUGCACCUAGCAAUGUGAUGAUGUCCGAUUACCACCCUCCUUCCCGCACUGUGCAUGACUUUACAAACGCGCUCACUCAGGCCGCCCGUGGGGGGCCGAUUGAGUCACUACAAGUGACGAAUGCACCUACCAUUUUGUCUACAACACCUGGAGAUGUCAAGAUGAACGACGAUCUGCCGUUCAACAUGGGCUCCCCUGAUCGCAAACCCGCAGGCUCUGCCACAGGCGUCAACUUCUGUCCGACCUCAACUCCUAACCAACAGGUCUCGGUCGACCAUGAGAUGGGAAAUGAAUGCGAUAAAACAAGCCACGGUAUGUGCCAAAUAUGUCAAGAUCGUGUCAGAAGGCUUUACUUAAUGAGCAACGAAACAGACAUAGUCCUGGUUCGAAAUUUGGCUGCUAAUACAACGUUUACAUUCUCCCAACCGCACUCUUCUCGAACCAUACCUUACGGCAAUCACCUUCCGAGGCGGUUCGACUCGAAUGUCUUCGACGUUUCGCUUCGAUCGUCAUCGAAUGCAUUCGAAGGUCUAGACAAGUCAAUGCAGGUGUUACCUACCGGUAACGGCUUGCUAUCCUUUCACUCUCUGAACACCUUUCAAACCCAGCGUAGCACCGGGGCAUCUGGUUUAAGAAAAGGACUUGCGUCACCGGAUAACCUUUUCAAUCCUUCCUCAUUCAACUCUACCCUUCCACCCUCAUUCGACAAAGGACGCGAUUUGAACAGGCUGAACAAGGUCUCCCCGAGAAAACCCUCGACUGGCCAUGUCCCAUCGUCUUCGAGAGCGGCAGUUGAACUUAGACAGGAAUCUUCCGCGGGUUCAUCGACAGUGCGCGGCCUGUCACCAUCGAGGAUGUUGGUUGAACCCAGAGGACGGCCGUCUUUUACAGUUCGCCAGCCAUCGCCUUCGGGAACUUUGCCUGACCCGCCAUCUAAGCCUACUGCCCCUCCUUCCCCUCUCGAACAGACGCAUACAGGUGCCUUCCGUGAUUUGCACUUCAUGGAGCAGGUCAUACCAAAUAAACGGUCCACAGAACAUAUCUCCUCGUUGGCGAUUGAAUCAUCGUCUAGACAAACUCCGCCCUCCGCUCUCGAAAGGGCCCGUAUCGACGCCUUCGAUGGCUUGCACUCCAUGGAGCCCGUGUUGCCAAAGAAGCCCCCAACAGUACAUUUCCCAUCCCCCUCGAGACCACCGGUUGAACUUCAACGAGGGCCUUCCCCUUGUCCGUCCUCGUCAACACCGGUUCUUGCAGCUUCUAUUGAAAAUCCGCGUACCGACGCCUUUAGUGAUCUGGGUUCGAUACAACAGGUUGCACCGAGUCGCCUUCACUCGGGCAACAUGCCUUGGGCUGCUCAGUCCUCCUCGUCGAGAGUACGGACAGGAGCCAGCAUGCAGCGCGCCAAUGCGUGCACUCGGAGUCGCACGAAAUCGCCAGAGGUGGCUUCAGCUCCUGCUUCUGCGUUCGACGGCUUACUGGAUGCACCUCGCGCACACACGUUUGACCCCCCCUCGCCAUCUGGGAUGCGUCAAGAGAGACCUGAACGGUCGCAAGACCCUUUCGCCAUGGAACUGGACAACCGAGAGGAUAUCUUCGACUCGGAACCCGAGGAGAUCCAGUACGGGGGUGAAGCGGACCGCGACUACGACAGCGAAGGCACACAGAACUUUGACCAUGAAGAUGCGGACGACGACCUUGCUGAUGACGAGGGGGCAUCCACUCAACAUCGACCCCGACCAACGCAACAACCGGCCUUGGAGCAGGCAGGUGCUCUGACCCGUUCGACAGGCCAGCCGGCUUCUCAGAGCGAUGCCGAGUACGACUCGGAGCAGGCGAGGACACUCACCCGCCCUAUGUUAACAGCGCAGCGAAGAACGAAUAGCCCAUACCCCCGUCCUUGGAAGGGAAAGGGGCGUCAAAUCGAUCCGAUAGAUGAAAGGACGCCAGGCCCCAGUCGAAGGCCAGCCAUACGCUCUUGGAAGGGAAAGGAGCGCGAGUUCAAUCCGAUAGAUGAAAGGACGCCGGGCCCCAGUCGAAGGCCAACCACACGCUCUUGGAAGGGAAAGGAGCGCGAGUUCAAUCCGACAGACGAACCAACGCCGGGUACAAAUGAUCAAAUGGUGGAUGAUGCCGAACGAGGGUCGAAUCUGAACAGUUUUGACCAUCCAUUUGUGGAUGCUGUGUUUUCCUCCUUUCAGGGAAGUUCAAAGCCUCUGACCCAGGACGACAUGGCACAGGCCCUACUAGCUUUGGGACUCAUCCACGGACGACCAAAUGGCACAGAACCUCAACCUCAGUCGCUCAAGCCGCAGCUUCAAGGAGAACAAGGGCAGUCUCUCCCAAACCCUUCAAAAGAUCCCAAGCAAAAAAGGCCUCGCACCGAAGAUAGGAAAUACAAACAGAAAUGUGUGCGAAGCCACGCACUUAAAUGUAUGGGCCGCAGGAAGGGGACGAAACUCUCCCCACAUCCCAUCACGAGUGUGGGACCCCAAAAUCUCGAACGGUUUUACCGUCACAGAAAUAAUCCCUCCUCAGAGUAUGGUCCAGAUAUCAAAAACCUCGUCUUACACCUAGACACCACAGCCCACCCCACCGUUCGCAAGCGGGGUGCUAUCUGGAAUGAAGAAGCGGCCGAUCUUUUCGUCGAAGACAUUAUCCUGGAAGAUGACUACGGAUUCACCGAUGACGAUAAGCCCGAACUGCGAGAAAUAUUUUUGGUCCAUAUCAAAGCAUUGGAAGGACAAUACAAGGCCUUCAUGGCCGCAGACGAUAUAGUAAACCUGGAGGCUAAGGCUUCGGUUGCAAGGCGACGAUAUCGCUUCGAGCGGCGUCUACAAGUAUGCCUCUAUUUUGAAGAUGAAGACGAAGCCUUCAAGAAACUGAGCCAGCUUUUCUCCACCUUCCGGUUCAACUGGGAAUGUUGCAGUGGUGACGAAUCGGAGGGUCCAGGUCCUAAUCGACCUCGCUAUAAGCGUCGUGCCAUCACCACUCUCCCUUGGCGAGCCCAAUGGCUUCGGGAGGUGAUGGAUGUAUUGGAUAAACUCCAUCUUGUUCUGCGCUUCCCCGAUGGCGUACAUGCAACUCCCGGUCGAUUCCCAACCCCUCGCUUCGAUCCCGCGGCUUUGGACCCUUCCCGAAAAAUCGAAGAGACCGUCUACGCCGCGCCGCGCCACGGGCUACCGGGUAACUUCUACGACGAGGUGUGGUUGCGUGAAGAGAACUUCCAGUCUCAGCGCAAAGCUUUAGGAAGGGACAACGACGUGAUAAUUGAGAUCUCGCCAUAUGUCAAGAGGCUCGUCAUUUUCGCUCGACUCCAAAUCAUUCAAUUUUGA